AUGGUGUUUUUUUAUAUUAAGACAAUUAUUUUCCAUUUCUUCAUUGAUUUGAAUUUCACUGCUUCACUUUCACUGCAAAUUCUUCACGAGCCUGCUCGAGAAUUUCACUCAAAAUCGUACAAACCAGAAUUUGCAACGAAUGAAUUUGACUAUGCUCAUGUUACAUCAUUAUUCUUGAUUACAUUAGUCCUUGGUUUCUGUGCUCUUCGCCGACGUCGUGGGGAUCAGACUCAAGCUGUGUUUCGGCCUGGCCUCUCUUGGGCUCCACUUCUUGGCACUGAGGCCCUGUCAGCAACCGUCGGUCUCUUUUUUAAGGUAGGCAGUUAA